AAAGAAAUCCUUAUUUCAAUUGGAYCGCGAAGCUGGUUCUGACUGAACGAAAUCCAACUCUUAUCACCGCCAUGGAUUUGAUAAUCGCAAAACUUUUCAUCAGGUUUUGUGUGUCGUAUGCAUAUCAUCGUAGUGAUCUUAAUYUCACACAGACAAAAAGAGAAGAACUGACCUCCUUGUUAUUGGAAUGUUCGGUAAUGGCUUUUUUCCUAAAUGAUUUCGCGACGAUUGUCUUCAUUUAUUCUGCACUUGACCGUCUCGACCAUCGYAUAUCAGCUGAGGUAUUCGCUUAUGUCCAGAACUUUCUUGGCCAUACUGCUGCCGAUAGAGGCAAUAAUGAUCUAGAGAUGCAUGCUAACCUACAUUCAGGGAGUGCCUAUCAAUUAUUAGGCGAAUAUCACAAGGCGAUUGAAUAUUACGAAAAGACCCUAGCCAUUGCUGAAGAGAUUGGCAACAGACAAGUCCAAGAAGAUACUUAUGAAAAUUUAGGGAGUGUCCAUCAUUCAUUAGGACAAUAUCGCAAAGCGAUUGAAUAUCACGAAAAGAGACUGAACAURGCUAAAGAGAUUGGUGACAGACAGGGAGAAGAAGCUAGUUAUGGAAAUUUAGCGGCUGCCUAUUAUUCAUUAGGAGAAUAUCACAAGUCGAUUGAAUAUCAGGAAAAGACACUGAGCAUAGCUAAAGAAAUUGGUGACAGACAGGGAGAAGGAGCUACUUAUGGAAAUUUAGGGGUUGUUUAUCAAUUGUUAGUAGAAUAUCACAAGACAAUUGAAUAUUGCGAAAAGGCCCUAGCCAUUGCUGAAGAGAUUGGUGACAGACAAGUAGRAGAAAAAGCUUAUGGAAAUUUAGGGGUUGCCUAUAGAUCAUUAGGAGAAUAUCACAAGGCGAUUGAAUGUCAAGAGAAGAAACUUAGAAUAGCUAAAGAGCUUGGUGACAGACAAGGAGAAGGAUCUGCUUACGGGAAUUUAGGGAUUGCCUAUGCAUUAUUAGGAGAAUAUCACAAGGCGAUCGAGUAUCACGAAAAGAGACUGAGCAUAGCUAAAGAGAUUGGUGACAGACAAGGAGAAGUUGAUACUUAUGGAAAUUUAGGGGUUGUCUAUAGAUCAUUAGGACAAUGUCACAAGGCGAUUGAAUAUCAYGAAAAAAGAUUGAGCAUAUCUAAAGAGAUUGGUGACAGAUAUGGAGAAGGAGCUACUUAUGGAAAUUUAGGGUCUGUCUAUCAAUCAUUAGGAGAAUAUCACARGGCGAUURAAUAUCACAAAAAGAGACUGAGCAUAGCCAAAGAGAUUGGUGACAGACAAGGAGAAGGAGAUACAUAUGGAAAUUUAGGGAAUGCCUUAAAUUCAUUAGGACAAUAUGGCAAGGCGAUUGAAUAUCACGACAAGAUGCUGAGCAUAGCUAAAGAGAUUGGUGAUAUACAAGGAGAAGGAACUACAUAUGGAAAUUUAGGRAAUGCCUAUUUUUUAUURGGAGAAUACCACAAGGCGAUUGAAUAUCACGAAAAGAGACUGAGCAUAGCUCAAGAGAUCGGUGACAGACAAGGACAAGCAGCGUCCCAUUAUAAUAUAGGUUGUUUUUAUCAGUUAGAAUCGGCGAGCAUUAAAGACCUCAGCAAAUCAAAACAACACCUAGAGAAAAGCUUACAAUGCUUCGAGAAAUUGUUUGAUGAUUUAAAAGACAAUGACCAAUUCAAGGUUUCAAUUGUUGAUACAUUCAUCCAAGCCUACAAGAUGCUCAGCCAAGUCUACAUCAAAACAAGACAAAGCGAAGAAGCUCUCUUAGUAUGUGAGCAUGGGCGAGCACGUGCUUUGAGAGAUCUCUUGUCCCUCAAAUACAACACAACUGRGAAAGCAGAAACAAGAGAACUGGAACUUGCAGAUGUCAAGACAAUUUCCUUUCAUUGUGGAAGCUACAUUCUYUUUUACAAUUUUCAUGUUAACAAGGUUACUUAUCAUAGCUGGGUAAUAUCACCCCGAAAUCCAUCUACCUUCUUUUACGAUGAAAUGGACAACCGCGAAGCUUUGGCGACAAUUUUGUCGAGCCUCUCUGAUGACGAGARAGAAAAAAGUUUAGCGGGAUAUUUUCAAUAUCUCGUUGACAACUGUUUCCAGCAGCUGAAUGUUAGAGAAGGAAAAGGAAUGAAAUGCGAAGACAGAUCAAUGAACUCACUAGCGGAUGAAGACMUGGAGUGUGCAUCCUCGGCAAACUCCUCGCCGCUUAGUGAAAACGCUCUCAAAGCUUUUCAAAAGGUUGACAGAUGCAUUCUCGACGAAGAAGACGAUGACAUGGAGCCUCUUGAUAUGCUUUUCUAUAGACUAGUUUCCCCAGURCUGSACCAGCUGACCCACGACGAGGUGAUUAUCAUCCCUGACGGUUAUCUUUUUAUGGUGCCAUUCGCUGCUCUUCAAGAUCCAAAAACCGGCAAGUAUUUAUCGGAAACUAAACUCAUUCGACUGGCUCCUUCUCUGACGACGCUGAAAAUUCUACAAGAAUCCUCACAUGACAAGAAUGUCAGRUCAGGUGCUCUGAUCAUUGGAAACCCCACAACUGGACAUGUCAGUCGUAAUGGUCGUACAGUGAUGUUCACCCYGUUACCCGGUGCCGAAGAUGAAGCCAUACAGAUUAGUAAUCUUCUCGGCGUGCAGCCAUUGAUAGGUGCUCAAGCAACAAAAGAAACAGUCUUAAGAAGACUUCAACAAGGUGUGUCAAUUAUCCAUUUUGCUGCACAUGGCAGUAAGGAAAAUGGACAGAUUGCUCUUGCCCCUUCAAAACUUACGACUUUCAAUAGUCCAGCAGAGGAGAAGGAUUGCAUCUUGACCAUGAAAGAAGUACAAGAGAGUGGAAUUCGUGCUCAACUGGUUGUCCUCAGCUGCUGCUACAGUGGUCGAGGAGACAUCAAGUCUGAAGGUGUUGUUGGGAUGACUCGAGCCUUUCUUGCUGCAGGAGCUCGUGCCGUUGUAGCAUCAUUGUGGGCCAUUGAUGACACAGCAACAAAUGUCUUCAUGCUGAAAUUCUAUUCCCAUCUUAAGAAUGGAGAGAGUGCGAGUAAGAGUCUGCAGCAGGCAAUGAUGGAGAUGAGAGAGAUAUACGAAGAACCAAUGUUCUGGGCUGGAUUCUUUCUGAUUGGAGACGAUGUCACCAUYACAGUAUGAUCGAACAUUAAUUAGAUAACUCAACAAUUUCAGUAAUUUCAAAUGCACGUUCAAUUAAUUGAUUGUUUGACAAAUGUUUUCCUUUAUAAAUUAAUGCUUAUCAUUCAUACAGUGAUAUUCUAUUGAAUAUAUCACAUUAGAGACAGCUUAUAGAGAGCGGUUUUCAUUAACCCGUGAAGCAAAGGGGGAGGGGGGGGAGGUGACUGUUGGUUGAUGCACAAAGAAAUCGUGCAAAGUAGAGUGCACACCACAAAAGCGUGAAACAAUUUUAAAUAAUGAACAUUUGAUAAGUUUAGGUAUCAACUAGCUAUGAAUUUACUGGGGCAUGAACACAAUACCAGAAAUGAUUAUGACUCACUGAAUACUUAAUUAGUUGAUAACUAAGUCUAAUUAGGUAAUAGUUAAGAAUUGUUUCACACUUAUGUGGCGUGCACUCUAAUAAGUAAUGAAGUGUUGCACGUCAGUGUUUCAAGUGUUAAUGAAAAAAACUCACCUACAUUUAGUAAUGAAGCACAAAGUUAGACAUUUUUUGUGUGAAAUAGUUGUAGAAAAUAGGAUAUUCUUUGGGGAUUCUCACGACGUUUUUUGAACACAAUGCUGGAGGAACUUUCACAAGGGAUUUCUCAUUAGUAUCGUUCAUUCCUCCAACAUGGCCGCCGUUCUUUAAUCUUCGAAAUCUCAUUGAAAUAGUUGAAAACGUUAUGAUCUAUCACAAAUCCAGCAUUCCGAUUGGCUAUUGAACUACGGUAUAUUCAYGUCCAUAAAUYUGGACAUUUACAUCAUAUUUAUAUCGAAUUUACAACUUUUAAAGCACGCGACUUUUUCCAGUKGAAGCAAGAAAAAAUUGGAAAAAUUAUUCUUAUAAUGUGGUCUUUAUACAAGAUUUGAUUUAGUAAUUAACAKAGGGGGGCCUUAAGUUUCAUUCAAAAUUUUCAUAAUUUUCGAUGCCCGGGGGGGUACUCCCCUAUAUUCG